CGCCGCGCCGUCCCCUCGCCUCCGCCGCCGAAUCCGAGACUCCGAUCUCGGGUUCGACGCAGCGCACCAAAGCAACCCCGGCGACCGGCCCGAUCAACUCUCCUCUCCGCGCGUCAGUCAUGGCGGAAAUGGCACCUGAGGGUUCCAAGUUCGAUGCUAAGCACUAUGAUUCUAAAAUGCAGGAGCUGCUGAGCACUGGUGAGACUGAGGAAUUCUUCACCUCAAAUGAUGAGGUUGAACUUGCAAAAAUGUUGUUGAAUGAGGGCCAGAUGCACCUGUUUGAGCACUGGCCAGAACCAGGUGUUGAUGAUGACAAGAAAAGAGGCUUCUUUGAUCAGGUUCGUCGACUUAAUUCAAGCUAUCCUGGAGGGCUGGUAUCGUACAUCCAGAAUGCCAAAAAACUUUUGGCACAUUCAAAAGCAGGCAAAAACCCAUACGAUGGUUUUACUCCUUCUGGAUAA